AUGUCUUCACAAGAUAUUUUCGGUACACCUCCACUAUCACAAUUACAACAUGGUUCUUCAAGUAGAGGUCUACCUACACCACAAGAUAAUCUGUUAGACGUUGGUGAUUUCGACUUUGCAAAUAAUUCAGAAGUGUUGAAGUUAGAAAAGAAAAUGGAGAAUGUGAUAGCAGAAAACAAGAGGUUGGCAGCUGAGAACAAGAAGGCUGCUGAUAGAGAAAAAAUACUUGUGAAUCGUGUUCAGGAGUUAGAAAAGAAAGUUGAAGCUGAUCAAUCUAAGAUUGAUAUCCUGAAGGUUCGUGUGUCUGAACUUGAAGAAGAAAAGAACAGACGUGAUGCACAUAAUGAAUACUUCGAGUUGAAACAUAAAGAGUUGAAUGAAGCUAAAAGAGCAAAAGAUCAUGAGUUAUAUAUGCUACAUAAAGUUGUUGAAAGUAUGUUGGGAUCUUCUGUAGAAGAUAAGUUUGAGGAGCUACAGGUUGCAGAAGUUCGUGCUGAACGUCAAGCAGAGAUUGAACGACAAAUGAAGGAUAAAGGUAAAGGAGUUGAAGGAAGCUCGGUUGUGCCCGUAUUAGCUCUAGUACCUUCAAUGGUUACAGAGAAUCCUGGGCCUAUCUCUGCAGUAUCUGGGUUGUUUGAAGAUGAAACGCAUAUGCAUGAAUUGAUAGGUGAUAGUAGUGAUGAAGAUGGUGAUGAAGAUGAAGAGAAUGAUGAAGAUGAAGAAGAUGACUUUGUAUUCUCUGCAAGUAGUCAUAUUUCAAAAGGUAAUGAUGAUGAUGAUGCUGCAGGAGGAUCUGGGGUUAAAGUUACAGAAGCUGCAAAUGAAAAAGUCGUUGAUGAUUUGAUGAACGACACAUUGAAUGAAGAAAGUGGUGAAGCUUCUGGAAAGGGGGAGUCGGAUAAGACACAGAUUGUAGAACAUUCUUAA